UAUGACUGGGUCAAGACAGGUGUUGGAAUACAAUAAUUUCUGAGUGGUAAUUAGUUUCAUAAGGCACAUUGGUAUUUGGCACCUUGACAGAGAGAUUGUGUACCUUACAUUUAAGCAGGAUUAUGUAUUGAAAGGAGAAACAAGCACACAAAUGUAUCUAAAAAUAAAAUCAGGAUAUUUAACUUUGUUUGUGUAAAUUAACAUUUUAUAAAGGAAUACAUUAUUUGCAUAAUCCUAAUUACGAUCAGCUAGCAGGUGGCAGUCAGAGCACCAAGUCCAACUAAUGUGACUGCAGAGUGAACCAUCUCCCCAACAGACCAUACUAGACUGGACCAGAGGACCAGUCAUAAAGGAGAGGAAGAUUGCGCAAUCCUAAAUGACACACUAUUCAAGACAUCCAUGAAUGCAUUCAUGCAUGAAUGAAGUACUAUUAUUGUGUUUACAGGAUGUUCACACUUUAAUAGACCAGAUUGAAGUAGAUACAGUCCUUUCAAACUGAAUUUUGAUAUAUAAUACCAGUCGAUUUAAGUGGUGAAGUCUAACUUAAAAGCUGGUCAUUUCAACAUAUGAAAAGUACAAUGUACAUACUAUAAGGACAACAUUGAGUAGUGAUUGUACCAGUAACUUAAUUCAACUACAGUGAAGUGACGGUUAAACUUCCUGACUGACAUUUAACAGUAUUGAAAGGGAACUGCAGUGUUUAAACUUUUAACAGUUAUAAUAAUCAUGUGCAUCAAAAUGUCAGGAAUACUUUGUGGUUUUUGAAAUACUUGUUCUCAAAUAUCAGUGUUUCAUUUAAACAUUACAUAUAGAACUAAAAAUAAGCCAUUAAACUUAUGGUGUGUGAGUGAAGCUAAAGAGAAUUGCAAAGUUAUAUCGUUUCAAUUAGAAAUUUGUGCUGUGCAAGCUGACUUUGAAAAACUGAAGUGACAUUUGUGAACAUUAGUCAAGGUACUGUAGAAAAAAUCGGAGAUAUUGCCCGCACUGAAGAGAUCUACAAUGCAGUCAAGAGUUUACAAGUACAUUCUGAUAUCCACACUAUCACUACUGGUUGUGGUCAACAUUGUGGGUAUAGCUCUUCCAGCGUGGUACCACACCGAGCAUAAGCAUCAAACAAACUCGAGCUCAACUAACCACACCAGCACACCAUCACUAUCGGCAACCAGCAUCAGCGGACCAAACGUCACAACUGCUUCAGGACUCAUUGGUGGCAGUGAUUUUACUGGGCAUACAAACUCAAAAGCCACCAGUAAGAUUUCAACCAAUCAGAAUUCAACAAAUCAUAUUGCCCUGGUAACCAUGGUAACUGAGGACUCAUCCGAAAGGCCCCCUGGCUGGGACUGCGAGAUCAAUGUACAUAUACAGGAGGGCCUGUGGCAGCGUUACUGCAUCGAGAGAUACCGCGAGGGGAAAUACUGUGUGCUCAAUGUACAGGAAUGGUGCGACAACUUGGAGUUUUCUGACUUCAACAGUUUUGUGCUGGCCCUGCAGAUUGUUGGGGACUUCAUACUGGCUGUUGUCCUUGCAACAGUUGUGUACAGCCAACGAAAGAAACAAGACUUUGACUUAGAAAGAUCAGCAGUGGCAGUUGGAACUGCUGGCAUCUUCAUGUUGCUGGGAGUUCUCGUGUAUGCAGCGGCAGACACAGGUGAGGUCAACUAUCAGAUCACUGACCUUCACGUGGGAUGGGCCAUGUGUGUGGCUGGGGGAGGGGCCUGUCUGCUGCUGGCAGUACACAUCAUGUACCGACACGUGAACCACAGACAGCCCACUGCAGGGCUCGGCUACUACCCCAUCUCUGACAGGGAAGAGUUACCACAACAGGAUGUUGCCCUACUACAAGACAGAGAUAGUUCAAGACAUCGGAAUAUAUCACAUAGCUAUUGAGAUUAUGCAAGAGAUCGGAACUCAACACAUAGCUGAUGAGAUUAUGCAAGAGAUCUGAUCUCAACACAUAGCUGAUGAGAUUAUGCAAGAGAUCUGAUCUCAACACAUAGCUGAUGAGAUUAUGCAAGAGAUCUGAUCUCAACACAUAGCUGAUGAGAUUAUGCAAGAGAUCUGAUCUCAACACAUAGCUGAUGAGAUUAUGCAAGAGAUCUGAUCUCAACACAUAGCUGAUGAGAUUAUGCAAGAGAUCUGAUCUCAACACAUAGCUGAUGAGAUUAUGCAAGAGAUCUGAUCUCAACACAUAGCUAUUGAGAUUAUGCAAGAGAUCUGAACUCAACACAUAGCUGAUGAGAUUAUGCAAGAGAUCUAAACUCAACACAUAGCUGAUGAGAUUAUGCAAGAGAUCUGAUCUCAACACAUAGCUGAUGAGAUUAUGCAAGAGAUCUAAACUCAACACAUAGCUGAUGGGAUUAUGCAAGAGAUCUAAACUCAACACAUAGCUGAUGAGAUAAUGCAACAUAUCUUAUUGUUCAACACAGCUAAUGAGAUAAUUCAAGACAUCUGUAUGUUGUACAAACCGGUAGAUGAUGAGAUAAUGCAAGACAUCUGUAUGUAAAAUACAGCUAAGGAGAUAGUUCAAAACAUUUACAUGUCAUAUGCAGCUCAUUAGGUAUUGCAAGGCAUCUGAAUGAAUCAUACAGCUGAACUAGUAACCGAUGUAUGAAAACUGUGAUAAAAUAAUGAAUUUCAAAUUAAUGAAUCUUGGAAAUCCCACACAGUUGGGCUAAUAUCUAAAGAUUUUGAUGUAUGAAAACUGUGAUAAAAUACUGAAUUUCAAAUAAAUGAAUCUUGGAAAUCCCACUCAGUUGGGCUAAUAUCUAAAGAUUUUGAAAUGUAGUAUAGCUCAAACGCUGGCACAAGAGAUAUGAUGUAAAGGGACACUGUUCCAUAUUGGAUUACCUCACAGUCCAACAAAUGCCACUAUCUUGCCCAGUUGUCUCAAAUCAGGAACAGAUGGAUCCUUUAGAGGUUUCUAUAUGGGUCCAACAUGUGAGACCAUGACUCAGUUGUGUAGUGCAGUUAUUAAUGAAUAUGGGCCGUGCUCUGUGAAAAAUGGGGUUUAAUGCAAGUGCGUAAAGCGUUGUCCCAGAUUAGCCUGUGCAGUCUGCACAGACUAAUCAGGGACAACACUGUCCACUUUUAUGAUAUUUUUCAUUUAAAGAAAGUAUCUCCUUAUUAAAAAUGCAGUUUAGGCUGAAAGUGUUCUUUCAAGAUUAGCCUGUGCAGACUUCCCAGGCUAAUCUGGGACAGCACUUUACACACAUGCAUUAAACCCCCUUUUCACAGAGCAAACCCAUAUCAUUCUAGUCCCAGGAUGUUUACUCACACCUAGGAGAUGAUGUUUCUUUGCCAACAAUUACAGAAUUCUGAACGAACACAACCAUGAACUGAGCUGACAGAAGAAGUCUGGUAUCUGUGAGAAAAUGCAAGAACAUUAAAGGAAAAAAAUAACACAUUUCCCCAAAAUGUACGCAUUUAGUACAAUGGACAUGUUGCUUGUAAUUCAAGGGGCCAACAAUUUUAAACUUGUUUUUAUAUAUUUUUCAAUAAUUGUGCAAUUUUAUCUAAAAUAACUUUUAUCAGAAUAUGAAUUUUAAAGAACUGAUGUAUUUUUAAUUGUUGUAUAAGAAUGUACAAUAUGAUUAUUUGAGUUAUUCAUGGAUGUGUAAAACAAAACUAUUGCAUAAAAAUAAAAAUUCAACUUGUAUUCAUGCAAUGUGUUUCAAUUGUUAAUUUUCUGCUUCACAUUUGUUUUUACUUCCUUGUGUAUACAUACAUGUCUGUAUGCUUGAUUAAAUCUAAACCAUUGUUCAUACUUUAUUUACAUUUCUUAAAGUAUAAUCUUCAUUGCUAGUCAAAUGUCAAUGUUGAUAUUGUUUCAUUUUCAAACAUGAUAACUACUUUAUUAUGAAUUACUUUGUUACCAGAUUCAACACUGUAUGCAUGAAAUAUAUUUUAACACAGGUUUAAAAAAGAUGAUUUUCACAAGGAACUUUUUUCCUCAAUUACAUGUUAUUGAAAAUGCAUGAUGUUGAAAAUAGUGUUGUUAUGGGAACAAUACAAACUAGAACUUGCCAAAAUAGUGAUUAAGAAUAUCUCUCCCAAAAUGCCCAGUUUUGCCCGAAGGAGCAUGGUUUAAAGAGCUUUGUAGAGGAUCUCUGUACAAUUCUGUAAACUAAAUAUUACUCUACAGUGUGGUUUUAGAGAAGAGGUUUAACGUUAUUAAUACAGUUAAUUAUCUGCUUAUAGUGUAAAUUAACAAGGGCUGUUUGUAAGACAUGCAUGCCCCCCAUAUGGGCUGUCAGUUGUAGUGGCAGCCAUUGUGUGAAUACGUUAAUUGUCACUGUGACCUUGACCUUUGACCUAGUGAACUGAAAAUCAAUAGGGGUCAUCUGCCAGUCAUGAUCAAUGUACCUAUGAAGUUUCAUGAUCCUAGGGCUAAUUAUUCUUGAGUUAUCAUCAGGAAACCAUUUAACUGUUUCGAGUCACUGUGACCUUGACCGUUGACCUAGUGACCUGAAAAUCAAUAGGGGUCAUCUGCCAGUGACUGAUCAAAGUACCUAUGAAGUUUCAUGAUCCUAGGCGUAAGCUUUCUUGAGUUAUCAUCCGGAAACCAUUUUACUGUGUCAAGUCACCGUGACCUUGACCUUUCAACUAGUGACCUGAAAAUCAAACGGGGUCAUCUGCGAGUCAUGAUAAAUGUACCUAUGAAGUUUCAUGAUCCUAGGCAUAAGCGUUCUUGAGUUAUCAUCCGGAAACCAUUUUACUAUUUCGGGUUACCGUGACCUUGACCUUUGACUUAGUGACCUGAAAAUCAAUAGGGGUCAUCUGCAAGUCAUGAUCAAUGUACCUAUGAAGUUUCAUGAUCCUAGACGAAAGCGUUCUUGAGUUAUCAUCUGGAAACCUUUUUACUGGUUCAUGUCACCGUGACCUUGACCUUUGACCUAGUGACCUGAAAAUCAAUAGGCGUCAUCUGCGAGGCAUGAUCAAUGUACCUAUGAAGUUUCAUGAUCCUAGGCGUAAGUGUUCUUGAGUUAUAAUCCGGAAACCGUUUUACUGGUUCGAGUCACCGUGACCUUGACCUUUGACCUAGUGACCUGAAAAUCAAUAGGGGUCAUCUGCGAGUCAUGAUCAAUGUACCUAUGAAGUUUCAUGAUCCUAGGCGUAAGUGUUCUUGAGUUAUCAUCCGGAAACCAUUUUUCUGUGUCAAGUCACCGUGACCUUGACCUUUGACCGAGUGACCUCAUAAUCAAUAGGGGUCAUCUGCGAGUCAUGGUCAAUGUACCUAUGAAGUUUCAUGAUCCUAGGCGUAAGCGUUCUCGAGUUAUCAUUCGCAAACCAUUUUACUGGUUCGUGUCACCGUGACCUUGACCUUUGACUUAGUGACCUGAAAAUCAUUAGGGGUCAUCUGCGAGUCAUGAUCAAUGUACCUAUGAAGUUUCAUGAUCCUAGGCGUAAGCGUUCUUGAGUUAUCAUCCGGAAACCAUUCAGUGGACGGACGGACAGACAUGUGCAAAACAAUAUACCCCCUCUUCUUCGAAGUGGGGCAUAAUAAGCUUGAUAUUAAAGAGAAUCUAAAAACUAAGUUGAAAAAGUUGCAUAACAUUUGUAAUUUUUAAUGAAAUAUGAUAAGAAUGGCACAAUGUCACAUCACAAUGGACAACGCCAGCAGUUGUGAAUGUUGUUGGGUGAAAAACUGCCAAAGAUGUAUCUAUGGACAAACUUACAGACAGACUCAUAACAUUCCAUGUGAUUCUUUUAUACCUCUUUCACUUUUUAUCCCAUUUUCACCGCGACAUUGACGGUAUAACACAGUGUGGAAUAUACUUGCUUGUAUUCAACACUGUGGAAUAUACCUGUCGCGUGCACGGACUACUUUUAAAUGACGUCAUGCGAUAUGCGCUAAAAUCAGGUCGAUAUUGUUUGGUCAAUUGAUCGAAUUUUAAGGUCACCCAUUAGAAGAAAAUGUGCAUAUUUUGCAGAAAAAUAUAUAUAUGACAUAUUCACCAAAAGAAAUGUUGAAAUAAAAUAUAAAAUUACA